AUGGACGACAAGAUGGAAGAACUCGACAGGCUCGAGUCCGGCCUGCACGUAGUCGACCCUGAACCCUACCUUGACCCCGAGGACUCGCAGCAAAACAGCGCCGAUGCAAAGAGCAUAUCAUCUUCAUCUGGCAGCACCAGCUCUCUCGGUCUCUCCCAACAUUCGGCGAUAUGGUAUCUCCAACGAGCACAGAAGUACUCUUCCUAUGUCUUCUCCGCCUUCGCCGCAAUGCACAUCACAAAUACCUCCCUCCUACCACUGCUCACACAAUCUGUCCACGGUAGCGAAUCAUACCUUCUUCUCACGAGACCCUACUAUCAAGCGCCCAUCUCCGAGCCGCUUAUGAUAUUCCUUCCACUAUCCACCCACAUCCUCAGUGGAGUGGCCAUGCGAAUCUUGCGCCGCAACCAGAACGCUAAGAGAUUUGGAGAGGCACAUUCAGAGGAGAACCGCGCUGCAUUCCUCACACGCUUCUGGCCACAUACAAGCGGGAUCAGUAAAUUAGGAUACAUGCUUGCGCCGCUCGUAACAGGACACAUGGUGAUCAAUCGAUUCAUACCAAAGUCAAUGGGGGAGAAUGUCGGACUGGGAUACGUCAGCCACGCAUUUGCCAAACAUCCUGCGGUUUCAUUCGCGGCUUACACGGCGUUGCUGAGUGUUGCUUGCUGGCAUGCGACUUGGGGUUGGGCGAAGUGGUUGGGAUACACGCCGGAUCAGUCUACGGAAAUGGGUGCUAAGAGGGAGCUCAGUAAGAAGAGACGAUGGUACAUCAUCAAUGCCCUCGCGGCGACGGUGACGGGACUGUGGAUGUCGGGCAGCUUUGGAGUUGUGGCACGAGGCGGAGAGGCACUUGGGUGGGUUGGAAAACAGUACGAUCAGAUGUACAGGAUGGUCCCUGUUGUCGGAAGGUGGAUGUGA